AUGAGAGAGACCUAUUCUGGUGGGAGUCCAUCAAAAAGAGAAGAACCAGAAGAUUUGUCAAAAGCUAUCGUCCCUUUUGUCUCUCCUCAGGAUGCUGGCAGAGUAGUAGAUGCAGGAACAUCUUCACCGGAUGUGCCCACAGGUGUUAAAGACAGAGAUGAUCUCUUGAGAUGGGUUCGUGAGUCUUUUCUAGGUGCUUAUGAUCAGAGAGUAGAGGAAGAUGAACAGGAGGACUCCGCUAUAGUUCCAGAAGGAGAAGGUUCAGAAGAACAACAGCCUAGGGGUGAAGAUGCUGCAGAAGAAGAAGCAAACCCAGCACAAGCAGAAGAAGAUGCCAAUGAAAGAAGUACAGAUGCUCCCACAAGUGCUGAAGAAGAAGCUGUUGCUAUACUCAGUGAGGUUCUGGAAAAUAUUCACCAGAAUAUCGAUGUUCCUGGAGAUACAGAACAUGUCGCAGCACCUGCUAUAACAUCUUCUGCAACAUUUGACAGUUCACAUAGUUCUGAUGAGAUCCCACUCAAAGAUCGUGUUGCCCAGAUUGCUAAAGGGAGAAAGAACAAGAGAAAGUGUAUUGAAGCUGCGAAACAGGGGGAGAAACCAUUAGCAAGUUCUAAGAAAGAAAAGAAGAAGAAAGCAACCCAACAGGCAAAAGACAGUAAUGAAGACGAUUUUCGUGACAAAGCAUCUAAGAAGAAGUUUGAAUCUGUUGAAAGGAGAGGAGUUGUGGUUGAAAGGAUGAUUGAUGGAGGAGCUUUUGAGAAGUAUGGGUUAACUGAACUGCUGCAACAAAGAAGUUUAUGCAAGUCUGCAACAUUUCCAGAAAGCUAUAGUUUGUCUCUAGUGCAGGAAUUUUACAGUAAUUUACUACCCUCUGACAAAGACAUCACUAGAGUCUAUGUUCGAGGUAAGUGGAUCCCUUUUACUCCCGCUUGUCUGAAUAAAUUCUUGGAGUUUAAACCAGAGGUGAUAGGAAACUUUGAAGAAGGGCUUGAGUUGAAUAAAGAAGUUCUGAAAGAGAUCACUGGAGGAAGAACAGAGUCAUGGGGAGAAGAGACAAAACUCCCAGCAUCCACCCUCACGGCCAAGUACAAUGUUCUGUUUAGACUUGGCAUUCAGAAUUGGUUACCAAGCCCACACAAUUCCAGUAUAGUGAAGGAGCUCGCGCUUUUAUUGUUUGCUGUUGGCACUAGCAAGAAGUUCAAUCUGGGAAGGCUGAUCUUCCAGAAUAUUGUGAAAGAAGCUGACUGUACAAGCUCCUCAACAUCACUUGGGUAUCUUGUACUGCUGUUGCAGUAUUUGUUACAACAUGGAGUACAACUCAGGAAGGGCGAAGCAGUCACAGCAGUGAAUAAGCUGAAGAUUUCUCAGAAGCUGUUCAGCCCAGGUAAGAAGAUUGAUUUACCUGUAGGAAGGGUGUCUCCACCACCAAUGCUUGAAGAUGAAGAAUAUGAGAAGAUGUUGAAAUAG